GUGGUUCAACAAGCGGUAUUAUGAGAAGUGCAACAUAUUUCUCAACUUGGCCAACGACCCCGACAACUUCGUGAUGCACGGGGGGCAGUCCAUGACCCUCUGGGCGGCCUUGAACGCCCGCUGCCAGCAGCACGUCGACUUCAAGGCUGACGCCGCGAACCGCCACUACCAGAUCAUCGAUUCGCUCUACGCGGUGUGCCCGUUGGCGAGGAACGGCUGCAUCCAACAGGCUUUCGAGGUGAUCCAGCUGUCGCUCCCCGCGUUGCCGCUGAGUUUGAAAGUCCUGGCGGCCAGCGCCAUCUCGCCCGAAGGCGUCGACCAGAGCAGGGUGCACACGCUGGCCGAGGACAUGGCGCGCAAGCUCAUGGUUGAUAUGCACGGGAGCGGGACGGAGACGACGUUGAAAGCCAACUGCGCCAAGUGGGAGAAGAAGCAGUCCGAAUUUCGCGCGUCGGCCUCGCCCCCAGCGAAGCAGAAAGCCCGAGGCAAGGCCAAGAGCGCCGCGGCGAAGGUCGUCUCGACGUCGGCGAUGGUGCUGGGGGCCGAUCAGCCAGAGGACGUUGUCGGGGUGGGCGCGCAGUGGACCUUCCUCGAUGGCUUGGGCGCCUUCUCGAAGAACAUUCUCAAGGCGCAUCCGAGCUUCACGGGGCUUGGCCCAUUGCGGAUGAUUGCGCUCUUCGGCGCUCUGUCUGGGGUCGUCGACCUCACAGUGAACGGCAAGAAGAUCCCCGUGAGCAAGUGGUCCGCUGUUCGGAGGCUCGCCAAGGCGCGCGUCUACAAACUCGCCCGCUUGGUGCCGAGGAUGUCAGACCCAGAUUUCUCGAUCGAGGAGAAGACGCUAAUGGCUGACGGACAGGCGGCGGCUACCGCAUCCAUCGCCGAUGAUGAGACGAAGCGGAAUGAGGACGCCGCGGCCGCCGCACAAGACUUCUUGGCCGCAAUUCCCAUCAUCAUUAAUUAUUUCGAGACGAACUCUGCCAAGUUGAUGCCGAUUGCCAGCCACGUCCAGGGCGCCCUCUCGACCCAGAAGUGCAUGAUGGCGGCCAUGCAGCACCUCGCGAUCGGGGGCCUCAAGGAAGUCCAGGAGAAGAUCCUGCAGUGCAUCUUCGAACAGGUAGAGUCAGACAUGGACGUGCGGGAGGAGACACUGUCAAUGGGCUAUGCUUCCUACAAGCAACUGAUUCAGACAGGUAUUAUCCUGUCGAAGCUCCAAAACUAUGACUUGCUAGAAAGGGCCGGUGUUUCCGCCGAUGACGCCCGAUGCAUCAGGCUGCAGAUGGCGCUGCACCUGAUCGUCUCGCUCGCGCCCAUGUCGGUGCACCUCAACCAGGGCGAGCACGUUUCCAAGCAUCCCGCGUUCCCGACUGGCGUCUCGACCCUCGCUGCAAAGUGCAGGGAUGCGAUCGACUUGUCUUCGCGCCCCUCGAGCGCGCCAGAAUUCGCGAGGGUGCAUGGCGCAUCCAAUGCGAAGCUCCACGUGCUCAUGGCAAAAUGGAUGGAGCACGCCAUGGACGUGCGCGCAACUCUGGAGACGCACGCUUAUAAGAGCGCUGAAGACUUCGCGCAGCAGCGGCAAGGUUCGGUGGAUGCCUUCGCGAAGAUGCAGAAGGCUAUGCUCCAGAAGUACAUGCGCGACAACGGCAUCGAGCUAGAAGUGCCUGCGAACAUCGACGUCUUCGCUGGCAUUCGGGGGUCGUUCGCUCGCAAGCUGGCCGACUGGGUCGCGGGGGACAGAGUGAAAGAGGUCACGCUGCUCGAGGUCGACGACGCGGGGCGGUCCGACUACGUCGUGAACAAGCUCGCAGUGCACUUCGGCGUCGCCGACGCCGCCGCUGCAACGGGCGCGGGCGGGGCAGGCGCGGGCGGCGGCGCUCCCGACUCGGCCUCGCAGCCCAUGGACAACAUCAGCAACGCCAUUGUCUCGCAGCUGGCCGAGGUGCCCCUCGACAAGCUGUGCGCCUACGUGACAACGCCAGAGAUGAAGCGGGAUGAGGAGGGGGCGCCCCCGAAUGCAUCCUACUCCGAGGGGCUGCUGAUCAUCCACAAGGUCCAGAGCUAUUUCGCGCCGCCGAUCGGGACUAGCGGCAUGGGCUCGGACCUGGACAAGAUUCAU